UUAUUUGGUUGCAUGCAUGUUGCUACAUGCAUAUUUUUAUUGCAUGCAUCUAUCUUGAUUCCCCCAUGCCUAUUUAUUUUCUCUCUGUGCAACUGCAGGGGCGCAUGGAAUAUCUCGUGAAAUGGAAGGGCUGGUCUCAGAAGUAAGUAGGUUAUAUAUACAAUUAUGCAGCCUAGCAAAUACUCAGAAGAUGGUGGUUAUUAUUUAUUUUGCAUUGUAAUAGAAAGAAAAGCUAGAUCCUGUUUUUUUUUAAUUUUAUAUAUCUUGUCCCCCCCUCACUCACAGCUGACACUGUUUCUCAAUCUCUGUGCAUGUCCUGAUAGGUACAGCACCUGGGAACCCGAGGAAAACAUUCUGGAUGCCCGGCUGCUUGCAGCCUUUGAGGAAAGGGAACGAGAAAUGGAGCUAUACGGCCCCAAAAAGCGAGGCCCCAAACCCAAAACCUUCCUGUUAAAGGCACAAGCAAAAGCAAAAGCCAAAACCUAUGAAUUCCGCAGUGACUCUGCCAGGGGGAUCCGGGUGCCAUAUCCUGGUAGAUCACCCCAGGAGCUGGGCUCCACUUCCCGGGCUAGGGAAGGACUGAGGAACAUAGCUCUGCCCGCCCAGGGCAGUCCCAGCACCUUGAGGGGUGAGAGCAUCCGGGACCGGGUUGGGAGAAUGGAAGAGAAACCUGGAGAGAUCCCUAAAAAGAGAGGCCCAAAGCCUAGGAAAGAGCAUUACAAGGACUUGCCAGAGGCUCUGGAUGUCUCCAAGAGGAAAUUAUGUGAGCCAGGGGACAAGAUGGGGGACUACCUCAAAACUCGGAAAAUAGAGGAGGCCGUUCCUGGGGUAGCGAAGUUUGGCUCAGGACACAGUGUGAUCCAGCUAGCCAGGAGGCAGGAGCCUGACCUCUCUGGUGCCAUGUCCAGCCCCAAUAGAGCAGAGGCUGGCAUGAAGCUGGGAGCCUCAGAGACUUACCCACCCAGGGUCACCAAGCACAGGUCAGACUUUUUGGACCCCAAGGGGCAAGAUGGAUUGGACCCUGGCGGCCCUAAGAUCAUGCACAGCUCCGCAAACCAGGGCUCUGUGGGAAGCUUGUACAGAGACAGUGUGGGGACUCAGUCUGGCAGACCCUCCCUCAUUGCCAGAAUCCCUGUCUCCAGGAUUCUGGGGGACCCGGAAGAGGAGUCCUGGAGCCCAUCUCUCAACAACCUGGAGAAAGUGGUGGUGACUGAUGUGACAUCUAACUUUUUGACCGUUACAAUUAAAGAGAGCAGCACGGACCAAGGAUUCUUUAAAGAAAAGCGAUGAGUGUUUGCAGGAUAGAUCCAGAGAGAUAAAGGCUUGGUUAGAGCUUGGUGGGUUUUUUUUCCAGGACAGGACCUAGAAACUGUCUUAAUUCUUUCUGCUUGCAUUCUUUUUUUUUUCUCUAGUUUUCUGUUUCAUUGAAAGAUUAUCUCUAGAGUUAUAUUUUCUAUUAGAUGUAAAUAUGUUAUUUAAGAAAAAAUACCUAUAUAUAUAUAUCUAUAUAUAUAUAUAUAUAUAUAUUUCAACUCUAAGUUGUUUUAUUUAAAUGGAGACUGAACAGUGACUGCUCAGUUGCUCUUAGAAAGGACAAUAAAACUGAGAACUAACGAGUUCAUGUAUCUGUUGCAGGAGCCAGUGUAUAUAAUGAAUGAUGUUUGUAGCUAAUUAUGUUUUGGGGUUUUAUUAAUUAUGAUUUUUUCAUAAGAUGCUCUGGAUGAUGCGUGGGGAAGUUGUAUCCCUUUCAGGGCAAAAUGCCCUGAUUUCUUGAUUGUGAUAUAAGGUGUUGCUUGUACAAUCAAGUGUGCUGUAUCCAGACCUGUCAGUCUGGACAGCUGAAAUAAGCACUUGAAUUUACAGUAUUGUUGGGUUUUGUUUCCAAUUAAAAAAAAAAAAAAAGUUGGUAUAAAAUCAAAAAAAGCAGAAGUCCAUAAAAAGACUAAAAGUUGUUCUAGUGAAGUAUUAACUUGAAUUACCUCUUCUUGCCAAUGAAGAGGAGGUUUGUAUGUUUAAGAUUCCUAAAAGGAGUGAUACUGAAAUGCACUUUAAUAGAAUUGUCAUAGCAGUUAUGGGAGACAGAACUGAGCUGAGAAGCUGUUUUCAUUUUGUCUGUUUGCUUGAUUCUUUCCCCCACCCACUUAAAAAAAAAUCUGUUUACAUUCCUGAAAUGCCAGAAAAGUUUGGGAGGAUAAAGUGUCACUGCCCAUAUUUAGAUGCUCAUGUUAUUAUAGAAAGUGUUGCUUUUUUUCCAGGCCACAGUUCCCUUUGGACUGCUGGGAGACUCCAGAUACAGUGUUCUACAAUAUCCACAUCUCCCCCAACGAAUUCCAGAGUCACUUUUGGGGGUUAGAGAAAAUAAAUAUUCUCCCUGUCUUAUGCCAGUUUCACAAUGGCUGAAAGGAGAUCUACUACUAGGCACAAAGUAGGUGAUGCUGACACAGGUGGCUGUUAGUAUUUGUUCACACCCUUCUCUUUGGAAGGCAUAUGUGAAUGGUUUGGUUUGGUUUUGCUCCAGGCUUAGUGAGCUUUAAUGACUGAACAAAAUGCAGCGGUUUCCAUCCACUAGCGGAGACCAGAAAUCUUUUGCUACCUUGCAGAAAGCGAGGGGGGAUUCUAGAAGUGUUUUUUCUCUCUCUCUGAACUCCAUAUUCCAACUUUACCUAGUUAAGGGAGAGGUUGAUUUUUUUUGAGCCUGUUAUGGGAGAAGGGGAUAGGUGUUGGGGUUGUUUUUUAAGGUGUAACAGGUGCUCUCCACUCCUAACAUAUAUUGGUUUAAGCACCUUUGUUGGUUCAAAAGCACAAAACUGUCCAGCCGCCCUGAAGGGCCUCGGCUAGAGGAGCCUGGCCUUUCCCAUCUUCUCUGAUUGGCUCAGUGAAGGUCUUAAUGCUUCUUAAUGUGGGGACUGCACAUAGGGUGAAAACACAUGGGGCCUGAUGGGAAGAGGAAGGGGCAGGAGUACAAGCAGUAGCCUUUGCUGCUCUUAGGCCCAUUCUGGAUAAUUUUACCUCCUACCUCUUUAGAGCCCUUUCCCUUCCAUCUUGGGGACUUUCGCCUUCAUCCAAUCCAAUAAACAAGGGGACUCUGGUUAAGCUGUACACAGGGAGCUGCUUGUGGGUUUUUUUAAUAUAAUAUUUUGUAAAACCAAGAUUUUCAACUUAGUUUGUACAAAGAACUGAAGCAAGGAAUGUAACAAUAUUGAUGCUGUUUUCAGGUCAAACCUACAUGGGACAUGUCUGUUACCAUGUGUAUGAUAAUGAGGAGUUGUCUACCUGUCCUCCACCCUAUAUACCUGAACCCUGGAAAAUACCUCUCCUUGUUCAAGAGAUCACAAUGCAGCUCCCGCCUCAUUCUAAAAGUCAGGGUGUGAUCUUAAUUUGGCAUUCUUCACUCCAGACCUGUAUAAAUAUAUAUGUGUCUAGAUACGCACAUAUAUACAUAGAUAAAGCUAGACAUACCUGUGUGUAUGUACAUAUCUACAGAUAUAUUGGAUGUGUGUGUGUAUGUGUGUUAUUUAAUUCUAAGACUUGUAAAAACAAAUCUGGCUAAAUCUCAGUCUCAGAAGUGAAGCUUAAAUACGUGUCUUCUGCCAACCGUGAAUGUCUACAUAAUACCUGCUUUUUAUGUGAGUUUAAAUAUAUACUUUGUAAAUAGAAUUGUCUCCUUCUUAUGUCCCCCCUGCAAUCUCCACGUUGCUUGUUUAUAGCUGGCACAUC